AUGAGGUUCAAGUCCGAUCUCAGGAACAUCCGCACAUUCUCGAAACUAGUCGCCGCCCUCUCCUCCCUUGAGAAGAUCGCCUGGGUCCGUCUCGACGAUGAGACCGUCCGCUUCACCGUCAUCCCGGACACCGGGUCCCAAGUCUGGGCGUCUUUCUCGAUGGACUUCAUCUUCAAGGACUACGCCCUGCAGUCCGCCGAGCCGAUGAACACGAUCAACCUGGAGCUGCCGCUCGGGCCGCUGCAGCGCGCGCUCAAGUCCGCUCUCAACGGCGACUCGGCCUCGAUCCGGCUGACCAAGAAGGACGACGGCAUCCCCGUGCUCUCCCUGACCAUCGUCACCAGCGUCCCGCGCGCCGGCGGCGGCGGCGGCUACCCGGGCCAGGGCCCCGGCCCGAGCGCCGCCCCGCGCCUCGGCGCGGCCAGCGCGGCCACCCUCGGCCUCGCGGUCGGCGGCGGCGACGCCGUCUUCCCCCACGAGCCCCUCGUCACGAACCUGCACCGCGAGCGCGAGAAGAUCGUCACCCAGGACAUCCCCGUCCGCGUCCUGCACCCGGACACGGUCGAGAUGAUCAUGCAGCCCAAGGUGCGCGAGCCGGACGUGCACAUCCAGCUGCCCCCGCUGCUGCAGCUCAAGGCGAUAUCGGACCGGUUCACGAAGCUAGCGCAGGCGUCGCGCGCUGGCGGCGGCGGCGGGAGCGGGGGAGGGGGCAACGCUGGCGGUAACAGCGGCGGCGGCUCCUCCUCGUACUCGCCGAAGCUGGAGCUCAGCGCCAACAUGCACGGGGAGCUGCGGCUGCGGCUGGAGGCGGACACGCUGGAGGUGGAGAGCCGGUGGUCGGGGCUGGAGAACCCGGAGCUGGACCCGGCGCAGCUGCCGUGCGCGCUCGAGGACCACCCGAGCACGCGCUUCCGCGCGGCCGGGCCGGCGCGCUGGGCCGCGGUGCGCGUCGACGGCCGCGACUGGAGCCGCGUCCUGAGCGUCGGCCGCCUCGACGGCCGCGUCAUCGCCUGCUUCGCCGACGCCCACGCCCUCAUCCUCUACGUCUACGUCCCCCACCACGACGACACCGGCGCCGAGGACUCGGUCGUCACCUAUUACGUCUCGUCGUACAGCCUGUGA